CUAACACAAACAUAUAAUCUAUUAAUACGUACUAACAUUUAAAUCUCUCUGAAAGGUUAAGUCAACAUUGGUGUGCCUCAACACAAUAGGAAAAAGUAAUACAUCAUAAAAUGAUUAACAAAUUACUACUUUAGGGUUGUAAUCAUGGUGACUGUAUUUAAAUGGUGCACAAGAGUAACUUGUCACAAAACACAGUGGAAAGACUAACUGACGACAAGCCUGCUCAAGAAAAAUCUAUUUUCAUAACUCAAACUAUGAAAACUGAAAUGGGACUUUGCAUAUUUUUUACAAUGGUGGCUUUUGUGACUUUUACUGAUUGCAGGCCAUACAGAUCCUACCCUGUUUUCAAAAGACCAUUACGGCAAAUAGAUUGGGAAAGAUCAACAGUACUUGAUGAGGCUGAGAAUGAAAAAAGGUCUUACUCUCCUUAUGUGGACACCUUUGAUUUCAAACAACCAUAUCAACAAUCAGAGCGGGACAGAUCAACAGCUCUUAAUGAACUCGUCAACCAAUUAGUAAUGGCUAUGAAACAAAAAAGAGAUGCCAGCUGCAUUGAGUGUUCUGGUAUAGCAUGCUCAAGCUACUGUCUUACCACUCUCAAACGUCGAACUGCUCUUCCACUAAAGAGGCCUGCUUCUCCUGCAGAUGUUCUGGACUCGGAUGUCCAACUUCUUGCUAAGAGGCAAUGAUUGCGUUACCUGUGCAGGAUGGCAAUGCAGUAUCUUAUGUGGGAGAUGAUAGGACAACUUAUUAACACAGACUGACACUUUUGCAAAUAUGCCAACAUUGAUUUUGAAUGGAAGACAUUUCAUAGUGAUGACUUUCCCAAAUAGAAAAAACAGAAUAUCAUAUAAUAAAAAUAAACAAUGUAAUAUUUGAGCCUGUAUAUUGUAAAAAUGAGAUAUUAAACCCAUAUGAUAAAAUAUCAUUUUGUUGAUUGGGUGGGAGAUCAACAAAAGGAAAUAUUUUAUAGUUGUUAACUGAAUUUAACAGUCUUGCCAAAUGUAUGGGAUUACUUGGUACUGGGGCUAGUUCACCUGGACUUAAAUAAUCAAUUCACACAUUCACAAUUCAAAAUCUCCACCAGGGGAGAUCUUAAUCAAAGAUGGCUGACCUACAAAAAUAUGAAUCAUCGCCCAUGGUCGAAAUAAAUGCUUUGAAAUUUAUUUAAAGAAGUGUAAAUAGUACAUAAUUAAAAUGUCUUUAGAAUUCUGCAGUAAAUGUAGUCCUCUGUUCUGAAUACUCUGUUUGAUUUCAUGCACAAAAACUAUCACAUCUGGCAUAGCACCAUUUAUAAAACUAUCUUGUUCAUCAAUUUUGUAUGGGUACAAAUGUCAAGGAAAUGCUUCUGAUAUACUAUGUGUGCAAAGUUUCUUUAAUGUACUAAAAUGAAUAAUUUGUGUAAAUAUACAUUGUGAAAAAACAAAAUAA